AUGGCGUUUUGGUGGAAAAAAACACCUAAGACGGCCUCUGAUUACGCAAGACUCCUAUCUGAGCAACUUAACAAGUUAGACCACGUCUCUACCAUUGACAACCGAAGAAAGAUACAAGAUGACUGCAGUCGGUAUCUAGCGGGUACAAAGCACUUUCUACUUGGCGAUGUGGAUCCUGAGCCCACCGCCGAGGCUCUUGAUGAACUUUACAGUGCUAUAUACCAAUUAGACUUAUUAUACGACUUGCUUACCAACUUGCAUGACUUGGAAUUCGAAGCACGUAAAGAUGUGGCAUUAAUCUUUGCCACCUGUCUACGACAUUCGAGAGAUAACAAAUUUGUUACGGUGGACUAUAUGGUUACGCGGCCAAAAAUUGUUUCACUUAUACUUAGGACCCCAGAGCUUGCACUUAGCAAGAACAACGCCAGUGAUCUCUUUCUGAAAGCCGGCUUUAUCAUCCUAGAAUGCUUAAAAUACGAGCAGCUUUGCCGGCUAAUGCUGCGAGAUCCACAAAUAUGGCUAUUUUUUGAUUUUGCUAAGGGAGGAUCAUUUGAAAUUAGUACGGAAAGUUUUCAAAUCCUCUCUAGUAUGUUCUCAGUCCACCAAAAGCCUGUUGCUACCGAGUUUUUUGGCCAGCAUGCAAACCUUCAGAAGUUCAUCGACAAAGUCAAUAUGUUGCUGGCGCACGGGAACUAUGUCACCAAGCGCCAGAGCAUUAAACUGCUACAUUCCCUCAUCAUGAUUCGCGCUUACAACAAUUUGCUUACUUCCUAUAUUAAUUCGCCUGAUAACCUUAAGCUCAUAAUGAUUCUUUUGAGCGAUAGAUCCAAAAACCUUCAGAUGGGAUCCUUCAACAUUUUCAAGGUUUUCGUCGCUAAUCCUCGAAAAUCUAGGCCGGUCCUGGAUAUCAUGGUGAAAAACAGAGACAAACUUUUGCAUUAUCUCAAAUCUUUCAAUACUGACAGCAAAGAUGCUACCUUCUUAGAUGAAAGAGAGUAUGUCAUACAAGAAAUUGAAUCGUUACCAAGACUGGUCUCACCAAACAGUGAUUCUACGUUAGAAGUCUCUCCUCAACGCUUACACUGA